AUGGUUUCGCAACACGUCUACGACUUAUGCCAAGUAAAAGAAACAGUAAGCUCUGUCUUGGCAAAUGAUCCAAGCCAAACACCUGGAAAUGCCAUCAAGAAGCUAUACGGCCAUCACGAGCACGGACUACAUCACAAGAUUUCAGCCAAAGAAGACAUAGAGAAGAGCGAAGAUGCCAUCGAAGCAGCCCUCCACUGCGGUCGUUGGGGCCCGACGACCCCAAGUCCGUUGUUUCUCCAAGCAUUCGCCGACUCGCUCCAAUGCCUCAACGAAGACCCGAUGGCAGGUGUCGUGUCGCCGCCGUUGAUGGGCUCUCAUGGAACGAUGCCACUCACAGUCAUUGCACCCCUUGCAGAUGUCAUGCGACACUGCUCGAAUCUCAUCGUGCGGGCGGAGAAGGAGGUUUUUUUCAUCACAUGUUCCUGGGCACCAUCAGUAGCCCAAGCUCUAAUCAAGGAUUCUCUAAUCGAACUCUCGAAACGAGCCGGAAAGACAAGGAGACGAGUGGUUGCUAAGAUCAUGUAUGACAAGCCAGGACCAUGCAAUGCUAUAAAUCCACAUCAGUUUGUCAAACCAAAGUCGUACACCUCAAAGGCGAUCGACUUACCUUCACCCGAAGAAAUACCAAAUGUCGACCUGGAGGUGGUCAGCCUGCAUCGAAUAUUCUUGGGCACCCUGCACGCCAAGUUCUGCGUUGUGGAUCGCAAGAUCGCUGCCAUUAUGAGUAACAACACCGAAGACAACGAUAACCUGGAGAUGAUGGUCCAUGUCGAAGGGCCAGUAGUUGAUAGCAUAUACGACACGGCCCUGAUAACCUGGCAAAAUGCCCUUCACCCAAAACUUCCAUCUCUCCAGACACCUGCAACAGACGGUGGUUUGCAUACCUCUACUGACAGUUCCACAACGAGGGAGAACGAAGCCUCGCAUCUAAAAGACUUUACCACUAUACAAGCUGAUAAUGAGCAACCCCUAUCGGAGCAUUUCCCAGAUCGCCCUCACUACGAUGACGACAUAGAGGGAGAGGUCAGGCGUAUGCAGUCAUGUUAUGCCCUGAAAGAGGGUGAAUCGCGUCUUCAAGCAGCGAAUCGCCAGCUCAACCUUGCAGUUGAGAAUCCAAUCAAGCCUACGGGACCUGAGAUCGACGCAGGAGAUGAAAUGACCCCAUACAUCUCGACGAUUGGCGAUGGGAAGCCUGUUCCGAUGGCCCUUGUAUCUCGACCGCCAUACGGAGCUAUCGACUCGAAGAGUGUUCAUGUGCCCCAGAACGAAGCUUGGCUAUCGUUGAUCAGGAAUGCCAAACACAACAUCUUCAUUCAGACGCCAGAUCUCAAUGCUGCUCCAUUGAUUCCAGCCCUCAAGGAAGCGCUGAGGAGAGGAGUAGAAGUCACAUACUAUGUGUGUUUUGGCUACAACGAUCCGGGAGAAAUGAUCCCCGGGCAAGGCGGAACAAAUGACCAAAUCGCCCAAAACCUCGUCUCAUCCCUCACCAAAGAUAGUCCUGAGCGCAAGUUGUUGCACAUAUACAACUACGUCGGAAAGGACCAAGAUCAUCCUAUCCAUCACUCCUUCAAAGCUAGGUCCUGUCAUAUCAAGCUUCUGAUCGUUGAUGGCAGUUCAGGAGAUCAAUCUCAUGGUCGACAGCGUGGAGAUAUGUCAUAA